UUGGAAUUUUCCCAAGUAAUUAUUGUUAUCUGGAUAUAUCUUCGCUACAUGUAGCGGCACAGCCAAUAACCAUCUUCUACCCUGCAAGAAAAAUGAAUGCGGGAUCUGCAACUAAGUCAGAUAGGCUCAUAGACAUUGAAAGACUUCAAUAAUUUGCAAGAAGCUUACCAAGAAUCGACUGCGACGUCCAGGUGUCAGUGAUUGGAUGGCGGACUUGGCUUGCGUCCUGCUUCUGAAAUUUUAGUUUAGUUUCCUCUCACCGGCUAUUGCCCGCUUAUGUUUCUCCAGCUUCUGCGGUAGUUUGAGCUCUGGCGGAAUCAAGCUAGCAUGUUGCUUCGUCGACUUUCCGCAAAGUUUGCUGCUUUGGCGAGACCCUUUUGCAGUAACACCAGAUGUGAUCUAGCCGGAACCAUUGCCGAACUGAAUAAGGAAAUGGAAGUUGUUUUUGGUGAGCGGCCAUCAAAUGGAUUUGGCACUUCUACGGCGGAUGGCGUUAUGGCACAGGAAACCCAAUUUACCUCUCAAGGAUCUGAAGUGGGUUUAGGUGGCUUGACGCAUGUCGGCAAUACAGGAGAAGCUCAAAUGGUCGAUGUUUCUCCCAAAGUAAUUAGCAAGCGAACUGCCACUGCCAGCUGCAAAGUGAUGCUGGGGAAGAAGGUGUUCGAUUUGGUGUCCGCCAACCAGAUGGCCAAGGGAGAUGUCCUGAGCGUGGCCAAGAUCGCGGGGAUAAGUGGGGCGAAGCAUACAAGCAACCUCAUUCCGCUGUGUCACAACAUCACACUGACUCAUGUUCGCGUUGAUCUGAAGCUGAACCCUGACGACUUAAGCGUGGAAAUAGAAGGGGAAGCUACGUGUUCCGAGAAAACCGGGGUCGAGAUGGAAGCAAUGACAGCUGUGACCAUCGCUGGUCUUACAGUAUAUGAUAUGUGCAAGGCUGCUUCAAAGGAUAUCCAGAUUUCAGACGUGAGACUUGAGCGCAAAACUGGUGGGAAGAGCGGGGAUUGGUCUAGAGGAAAGUGAUGGUAUUUGGAGGGAUACAUCCAGGCAAUGCUUCAUUUUGGCGCUCAUAUAAUGAACAUUGGUAAGAUUGCCACUGAUUCUCUGUUUUAUAGCCAACCUUUUCUUUUACAUCUUAAUGUCGUGGACUGCAAGGAUGGGAUGAAUCAUCAAAGUCGCGGUGUCCCUGUACGAGGAGCUGCUUGUAUCUUAGGAUUGCUCUGCAUGGUGACCUCAUAGUGUCCCUGUACGAGGAGCUUCUUAUGUGUGAAGGGAAGGGAACUCUGUUUUAUACACUCAUAGCAGAUUCUUGCUCAGGAUCAAGUUUUAGGGUUGUUGGCAAUUCAGUCCAUUCGUUCUUUGUUUCUUUAGACAUAUAUAUCCUCUAAUAAUGUGACGGACCAGAUUAACUCCAGCGUGAGCGCAAAGACCUCCUCCUUUGUUGCUAGAUAUACCAAAUCAUUUGGUAAAAAACGUUUGUGUAAAUUACUUUUCUUGACCAUAACACUAAUUUUAGGGUGAAUCUCCAGUUGAGCAACGAUUGAACCUAUAAAACGUUGAAGUAGGAAGUUUUCUUA